GGUGCCGGGGGCGCUUGUCCCGCGCGGGUCGCCGUCCGUGCCGGCUGCGGGCGCGUGCGGGCCCGGCGCGAGGGGCUGCGUCUUCCUCCGUGUGAGGGGCGGGGGCGGCCGCCCUCCCGCUGCGCGAUGGCAAUGACGGGUCCAACACCCUGCUCAUCCAUGAGUAACCACACCAAGGAACGAGUUACGAUGACAAAAGUGACGUUAGAAAACUUCUAUAGCAAUCUCAUUGCACAGCACGAAGAACGAGAAAUGAGACAAAAGAAACUAGAACAACUGAUGGACGAGGAAGGUUUAAAGGAUGAAGAGAAGAGACUUAGGAGAUCAGCACAUGCCCAAAAGGAAACUGAGUUUCUUCGCCUAAAGAGAACAAGGCUCGGCUUGGAAGAUUUUGAGUCUUUAAAAGUAAUAGGCAGAGGAGCGUUUGGAGAGGUACGGCUUGUCCAGAAGAAAGACACAGGGCAUGUGUAUGCAAUGAAAAUACUACGCAAGGCAGACAUGCUUGAAAAAGAGCAGGUGGGCCAUAUUCGUGCAGAACGGGACAUUCUAGUGGAAGCAGACAGUUUGUGGGUUGUGAAAAUGUUCUAUAGUUUUCAAGAUAAACUGAACCUCUACCUUAUCAUGGAGUUUCUGCCUGGAGGUGAUAUGAUGACACUGCUGAUGAAAAAAGAUACCCUAACAGAAGAAGAGACUCAGUUUUAUAUAGCGGAGACCGUACUGGCCAUUGACUCCAUCCAUCAGCUGGGCUUUAUCCAUCGGGAUAUAAAGCCAGACAACCUUCUCUUGGACAGUAAGGGUCAUGUGAAGCUAUCAGAUUUUGGUCUGUGCACUGGACUGAAGAAGGCUCACAGAACAGAGUUCUACAGAAACCUGAACCACAGUCUUCCUAGUGACUUCACUUUCCAGAACAUGAAUUCUAAAAGGAAAGCAGAAACUUGGAAGAGAAAUAGACGUCAGUUGGCCUUUUCCACGGUGGGUACUCCAGAUUACAUUGCUCCAGAAGUAUUUAUGCAGACAGGAUACAACAAGCUUUGUGACUGGUGGUCGCUUGGAGUCAUUAUGUACGAGAUGUUAAUUGGUUAUCCUCCUUUCUGUUCUGAGACCCCUCAAGAAACAUACAAGAAGGUGAUGAACUGGAAAGAGACUCUCAUCUUUCCUCCAGAAGUUCCAAUAUCUGAUAAAGCCAAGGAUCUUAUUCUAAGGUUUUGCUGUGAAUGGGAGCACAGAAUUGGUGCACCUGGUGUUGAGGAAAUCAAAACUAACCUUUUCUUUGAAGGGGUUGAUUGGGAACAUAUCAGAGAGAGGCCUGCUGCAAUACCUAUAGAAAUUAAAAGCAUUGAUGACACCUCAAACUUUGAUGAAUUUCCAGAAUCUGAUAUCCUUAAGCCAACAGUCGCCACAAGUAAUCAUCCAGAGACUGACUACAAGAAUAAAGACUGGGUUUUCAUCAAUUACACCUACAAGCGUUUUGAGGGCCUGACAGCCCGAGGGGCGAUACCAUCCUAUAUGAAAGCGGGAAAGUAGUGAGUCUUGACCUGGGACUAUUUCUGAGCCUUGGAUUUUACUUCUCUGUACUGAGAUUAUACCCUUCAAAGAAAACCUUACCUGGGGGCUAGAGCUCUUGGAAAAGAUGUUCAGCUCAGUAUAUUGCACACCAUUGUUGUUAACAUGGGUUUCUUUUUCUGCUCCAUUGAAAAGUCUACAAAAUGCUCUCACCACCUCUGCUGCAAACAACAUUGUGCUGCUUCAGGAGAGAGUCUCUCUGAUUUCGUGUUUGGUUCCUUACCAGAUUGUUCAAUCCAUCAGAGAGAGAGAGAGAGAGCGCGAGAGCGAGCCUUUCUGUUGUGACACCACAAAGCUUAUGGCAUUUACACAGACUGUUUCAGCAGUCCUACAUUGCGUGACAUACUUAACUUGCCAAUUCUGCCAGCAGUGUUUCUCUCAUGGUUAAGAACUGUAGUACAGAGGAACUAAAGCAAUAAUUAAAGCUUGAGGUAGACAACUCCAGUAAAUCACCGUGUAGUAUAAUGACAAAACUUGUAUUGCCUUAACCUUAGUUUGUAGUUCUGUUUUUUAUAACGCUACUCAGAAGCAUUUUCAAUAGCAUUUUUCAGCUCUUUCUCAAUUGCCUCAAGUUGUGGUGCACUUUACUUUUGGUACUAAGACGGAGACAAUGACCCUAAAUCCAUUAAUUGUUUUUAGAACUAUGAAUUUGUGUAAGGCUUUGCUUUUUCUGAGCAGUGACAGGAGAAAACAGUCUACUCGUCUUUGGUACAGCCUAUCCAUGGAAACCAGCUGAAUUUUCAACUGCUGUGAGGAAGAAGCAUACAUGUAAUCAAUGUGGGUAAUAGAAGAGAUUAGUGAACCAUAGGCAGUAACAGGAGCAGGCCUUGAGUAGAAGGUGGGAUGGGGAGAAAGGAAGCGUAUCCAUUUAUUUUGAACAUUGCUAUACAUUCCUAUGUAUAAUAGGACAAACUUUGGGGCUUCCUAUUUUUGCUGCUGCCCUCUCUUCACAGCUUUUAAUAUUUGCCUAGUCUUAGUCAGCUUCAAAGAUAAGGAUGAUGAUGCAAACUUUUGUGGCCUUUUAAGCUGUUGGCAGGAUGUAACAGAGCACUGUCUAGGCAGCAGUGAGUUAUGGCAGAAAGCAUCAAAUUCUUCUGAGUGUUCAUUUAAAAAUCCUUGUUCAAUGACCUCCCCUUUCCAUUUGCAUGUUGUUUCUUUCUGUACCAUGGCUGAAGCAUCUCUUCCUGAAGCCUUUCAGGGAGAUGACUUCUUACCCCACAUCAUCAGAAAGUCCUAGUACAUGGAACCUAAACCCCCUCUUUUACUAUUGUAGUUUAUGGAAGCACAUUCCUUUAUGAUCAGGAUGCUCUCUGUGAGAGCCCCAAAGUGCCUUCCCUUGCCUAAACACCUCUCGGAGCUCUCUAACUUGAUCAGACUCAUUUGGGGGAUUCUGCAUCAGUGAGCACUCUUUUUUGCACCAGUUUGGUAGCUGUUGUUGCACUCAUGGUAUGCAUUCCACACCAGCUGUGUGGAACUGGUCUUUAAUUGUCAAAACAUUUAAAUUAAUAAAGUUUUUUAAAGUACAUAACAACUUAAACUGUUGAAAUUCCUGUUGCAUCCUAUUUUUGGUGCUGAAUGCUAGCAUAUAACAACUCCCAUGUUUAGAAGGUAGAGCAAUGCCUCAGGGUAUUCCAAGGGCUAUAGGAUUGUAUUGUAUCCUAGGUUUUUAGACUAGCAAAAGGAAGAUAAUGGGAUUUUGAUGCAACUUUUUUUUUUAUGAGAGCAUUGUGGAAUAUUCCCAGAAUAGUCUUUUUGAUUGGAAGUGCCACAAAUGUUGAAUGGGGGGUGGAUCUGAAUGGAGGUAUUGUGCUUGACAGGAAUGCUAGUGAAGACUGAGAGUGACAUCUUGUUAACAUCCUCUGUCUAAAAACCGUAACUAUUAAGCCUUCCCGAAUGCUGCACUCUGAUUUCCUACUUUGGUGUAGUAGGAAUUGUCUCAUUCCAUUGCCAUAAGCAGGUUAAAUAAAGUUGGGUUCUGCAGAUCCUGAAGUCAGGAGUUGUCUUUACUCGGGCCAUGGCAUUUUGUAGACAAUGGGAAUAUUCAUGUCAGUUGAGGCUCUCAUAAGUAAAGGUUUGUAGGAUCAGACUGUUUAGCCAGUUCUUUCUUUUCCUGCCUUUAACAGCUUUUUUUUCUAAUUGAUGCUUACGUCUCAAAUGUGAACGUUGCUGUAUCCUAUUCUAAUCCAUUUUCCUUUAAUCCUCAUUACAAGAUAUGUAGCUAAAGGCUAAGUACAGACAUUUGGGGAGGUUAAGUUGGGUUGAAAAUGGCCACCUGAUUUUAAACUUAGCUCAUCCCUGUGCUGACCUUACGCUUAUAGACCUGGUCUCAGUGACCAGCAGUCAGUCUGAACCUGUAACGAUACACAAAUUCCAUGCAGACAAACUGGCCUAAAAAUUGCAGAACCCAUUUUAAGAUAAACUUAGAUCUAUGCAGUAUCAAACUCGCUUGAUUUAGGUCAAACCGGUGCAUGGGACUUCUGUACGCUUUCCCUAAGUAGCUCCAAGGCCGGAAAAGCCCAGCCCCGGGGUUGCUCUUUUCACCUCCCCCCACACCCCCCGGCCCACAAACAGCCAGCCCUCUCAGCCCCCAUCCUACAAGCUGCUUGGGGUAAAACUGCUUUUAUCAGUGUUUGCUGCUGCUGGAACUGGUGGGAGGUAGGGGAGGAGGCAUGGGGAUAUAGGUUUGCUUGUGGGGGAGUGGACCCCACCCCACCCGUAGGUCGUGCCUGUCACUCCCACCCCUUGUGAGUCAUGGCUUCCAACCCCCACUAGUGUUCUCCCCCCAAUCCUGACUUAGCUGACACUGGACAGCCAUUUUGGAUUCAUUUAACCUCCCCCUAAUACCCCUGGAUGUCUACUUAGCCUAAAUGGUAUGUGCAAACGAACUACUUAACAAAGGGGAGCGAGGCUUUGCUGCAGAUCGGCUUCUCCGUGGUAGCUGUCCAUGUGGAUGCUCUUGCCUCCCUGUAGGUGAAAACUAAACUUGUGUAGCUCUGCCUUCUGUGAACUGGGAGCUUCAUGGUUUAGCUCCUUGUGCUGUGGCGUAAAGCAUGCAUGUGGGCAGUUAUCGCAAAGCAGCUGAUCCACGGUGAGUUCCUGCUCUCUAGCUGCCUGCACAUACCCUUAUAAACAAUUGGAAAGGCAAGAGCUGUUACCAAUUUCUUAUUUAAGCCUUUUUAUUGCAAUUCCUAAAAGCUUUUUUUGCUUAUGUUAAAGCUUUUAAGUUGAAAACCCUCCUGAGCUGUUACAAGUUUGAGUGUAAAAGAUAUUGAGACAGUAAUUGUAUUAGAAGCCCUUUCAUCAAAGGGACUAGUGUAUUUUUUUUUUAUAUAUACCAAAGACAAGGGAGAAUCUGUACACCUCGAGCUUGUGCUGAUUUGCUGUGAAAAUCACUAUACAGUACUGUGUAUUAGCUAUCUCUUGUGUAUAUUUAAUUUCUGGAUGUGUUUUGAAACCAUAUACAGUUUGUGUUUUAUUGCAUUUGAAAUUAAAGAUGGAUUUUUUCCAAAGCACUAGGGGCAGUUCAGCCACCCAACUUCUGUAGGCUUUCAAUAGCAGUUCGGUGCCUUUGAAAAUCUUCCCCCUAACACUGUACCUGUUGGUCAUCCCCUUCCAGUAACAGGUUUUCCUUUAAAGAUACCUACAUACAUUUGUUUUCUACUACAUGUGGUUUCUUAGCGACACUAGAGAGGGGGGAAAGUGUGUUAUUUCCAGGAUCCAUGCAUUACCGCUAUCAAAAUAAGAGUUUUUAUGGUUUUUUUUUCCAGAUCUGCUAGCCAAACUUUUUUUUUAAAUAACUUGUUACUGACUUUGUGUAUAUUCUCUUAUUAGCUGCUAACCUGAAGUCAUUACCAAUGCCUUUUCGCUUUUUUUUUUUUCUUUUAAGUUACAGACAUGAGUUUUGCAUGAGGCGUUCUUUUUUUUUCCCCAACUAGACGUUCAGGAAUAAUUCCAGUCUUGUAAUAUCCUAAUGGGAGUGAACAUGAGUCAUGCUGCCAAUUCCUCUUUGUAUCAGGCCGAGCACCAAAUUGCACUUCGACGUCACUUAUCACUGUGCCCUGACUCUGCCUUAAAUUGUCAGUCGAAAAAGUGUUGUGUAGAUACUGAAAUGUGUUACAAAAACCCAACUGUAAAAUUUGGCAAACUUGUUCCGCGUGCUGCUGGGGCCUCAGCAAGGGGCUCCUCAACUUUGUAUGGGAUGAUCUUUUACAUUCUGUUGAACUGUGUAAAUAAAAAGAAAACUCCUCUUCAAUAAACAUUAGUUUUGUUAA